AUGUGCAAUAGUGCGACGUCCUUACUAACAUCCCAUCGUCAUCUCCAGCCCCUCGACCCCGAGCAUAACUUCGCAGCCGCAUCAAACUACAUCCGCGACGCGGCGUCCCAGGGAGCAUCUCUGGCCGUACUGCCCGAAUACCACCUAACAGGCUGGGUUCCCGAAGACCCCCAGUUUGCCGUGCUCGCGCAGACCGCGUACCAAUAUGUCGAGAAAUACCAGGCCCUUGCCAAAGAACUGAAGAUCAACAUUGUCCCCGGCACCAUUGUAACUAUUGACCCUGAAUCAUCGCCUCUACCCAAUAGUGCCACCAACAAUGGAUCAACAACGACAGCAGACACCAACCAACCACAUUCACCUCCUGCUCCGGCACUGCACAACAUUGCCUACUUCAUCGCCUACACGGGCGAGAUUCUAGGGAGCUACACCAAAGCCAACCUGUGGAUUCCUGAACGGACAGUGUUGACAUCUGGACCGGCCGCAACCUCCAGGAAAGCUAGGCCGGGGACAGCAAACCCAACCCCAGUACCACCCCCCAGUUCUCACCACGACCACACCUCAGGCCCGGUCUCCGCCGAAGGCCCGCCCGAUCCUCACUCUGUGAUUGAGACUCCCCUGGGCCCCGUGGGGAUCGUGAUCUGCUGGGAUCUGGCGUUCCCCGAGGCAUUCCGUGCCCUGGUGCGACAAGGCGCCAGGUUGAUUAUCGUCCCGACCUUCUGGACCCGCGACGACUUGACCGACGAGGCUCGAAAGUACGGGCCGGACGUGGACAUUCAGUUUUUGAGUUCGACCGUCAUCACCCGCUCCUUUGAGAAUACCUGCGCCAUCAUCUUCUGCAACGUGGGCGGCCCCAAGGAGGAAGGCUACGCCGGCUUGAGCCAGGUGGUUCUCCCUCUGGUGGGCAAGGUCAAAGGCAGUUUUGACGACGGAGAACCGGGCAUGAGAAUCGUCGAGGUCUAUAUGAGGACUGUGGAUGUUGCUGAGGAAAACUAUAAGAUCAGGGAAGACCUAGCUAGGAAGGAUUGGCACUAUGGCUAUAGCCAUGGGAAAUGA